AUGCCGCUGCAGUCGAUAUAUAAGCCACACGAUAGAUGUUAUGUUCACUCCGCAUCUCCUCUCCUCCUCAGCAACUCGGUCCCUAUCGUCGUCCUUGCGAUCAAGAUUCCCAUCAAGACCAAGAUGGCGCGUCCAUCCUUUCAAGAUCCUUCCAUGGCUACCACGGAACAAGUGUGUAUGCUGGGUCUCUACGCAGUCGGUGCUUCACUGUUGACCACCAUGCACCAGACCUCUCCCAUGGUCACCGAUAGCUUGCCGUCCAAGAUCGAGUUUGAUCGCAAGUCUGUCGACAUGCACCACCCCUUCCCACAGAAGCCAACGCGUGCCUCUGCCAAAAGGGCAAGACGCUCGAAGCGAGAGGCAAAGAGCCUCGAUCUCUUGUCCGGCGGUAUGUCCGUGUCUGCUUCGCAGCAACCGGCUUUGCGCGAUUUCUCGUUCAACGCGAACAAGUUGGGCAUCACAGGCGAUCACCUGGCCGCAGACUUUCCGCCGAGUCCACUUUCGAGCCGUGUGCAUCUCCCUCCCUUGCAGGAUGAGUCUCCUCGUUCAAAAGGUUGGUUGUCGUACCUGACACCUUCUUGGCCGCGCGCGCAGCCAUCGGAUGAAGACAGCGACGACGAUGACGGUGCACUUCCACAUGGUCCCAAGGGCUUGAAGAAGCAGCGCUCGUGGUCUCGUUUGGCAUCCCUAGCCGCUCCUUCGCGCCGCGAGCAGCGUUCUGCGUCAGAUCCUGACACGAGCGCAACUUCGUCGACAUACGUGCCAGCGAGAUUGGGCCAGAUUCCCUUCUUGCCUCGCGAAGAAGAUGCUGCGCAGAAGCCUCGUUCGAGGAGCAUGAGUCUCGAUGUCCCGAGACUUGCACGUAAGAGCUUCAGCACAUUGCGUUCCAAGCGCGCUCCGUCCGCUCAACCUUCGCCUCAAGCUCCGCAGCUUGGACAUCUCGCUUUUGCUCAGGAUCAAAGCUAUCGCAGCUGGAACGCUCCAGGUAUGCAGGCGGAAUUCGAUCAUGUCUUGUUGCGAGAUCUUCCUCGUGAGAGCACCAGCUCGAGCGAGUCGGAGUACAGCUACGAUCGCAGACACAGUAUCAGUGGAAGCAGCGGUCACGAGGCACUUCACGCUCGAGCGAGGGGCGACAGUCAAGGUUCCUUCCCGAGCACGGCUCCCUCAACUGUCUCUGAUACUGCUGUCAUGUCGUCUGCUUUCAGCGUCUCGGAUACGCAACGUAGCGACAGCGAAGGCGAAGAGUCGGAUGACGACGAGGAUGAUAUUGAGUGGGAGAGACCUGAAGCGAUCCGACCCGCUUGCACCUCUCCGAUCGAUUUUGAGCACGUACCAGCUUCGCCCACCGCAACUCGCAGCUCUGGCAGACGCAGCUUCCAGAUGUGGUCUCAACGACCUCGCUUGCCGUCGUUUGCGUCGAACGCCAAGUCGCCGUCCAAGAACUCGACCAAAAGCUCGCUUGGCGGUCCGCGUCGUAUGACCUCGGCUUCGUCGUUGGGCGGCAAGAGCGAACAGUCUGGCAGGUCAAGCUUGAGCGAGCUUGCCAGGCGUUCCUUCUCGCAGGCGAGGACGUUGCUGUUGGUGCCUUCGCCUCGAUCAGCCGCUCGACGAUCUGUCGCGGGCGAUGACACGACUCGUCCCGCGGCUGUCUUCCUUCAGCCCAUCAACACGGGUGUCAUCAGCCGACCUUGCCAGACCACUCCGAACCCCGUGGCGAGCACGCGAUCCAACUCGAUGACCAUGACGUGCUCGACCACCAACACGAUCGAGGGGAGCUCGGUGCGAUACCCGUCCUUCUACCUCGGCACUUCUUCCGAGAGCGGAUCCGUCACCGGCGGCAGCAGCGGUAACAGCAGCGGUGGUCGCAGCUGGGAGUCCACCGCACCCGAGUUGGCAGCGCUCGAAGAGUUGGUCUUGACCGAGUGCAAGUAUCUCGCCGACUUGCAGCUGCUUCUCGAUGUCUACGUCGAGGGUCUGCGCAGGCUCGACCUGAUCACACCAGCUUCGCUGGAGAAGAUCGUGUCGAACCUGGACGAAGUGAUGGUCUUGUCCAAAUUCCUCAUCGACACGGUUCGCGAAUACUUGCCGAGACGCAUGUCGCCUCCGACAUCCAUCUCGUCGCAGCCCGGUAACAGCGACAGCUCGAGCCGUCCGCACGCUCCUCCUGCCAACAGGCCCUUGCUGAGCGAACCGGACUACCUUGGUCUGAGCUCCAAACUCGUCAAGGAGCUUCCGGCGCGGAUGGAGGUAUACGCGAGAUACUGUGUAUUGCACCACGAAGCCAAGGAGCGACUGGCAUUCGAGCGUGAUCUGAGGCCUGCCGUGGCCACGUUCAUCGAGCUGACGAGGAGCACCAACCCUACACUGCAAGGGAUGGACAUGGAUCAGUUCCUCGUACUUCCUGUACAGCGAGUCACUCGAUACCCGCUGCUGUUCGGCUGCCUUGCCAAGGAGUGCGGCAAACGACGCAGCGAGAGCGACGAGCUGAGGGAAGAGGACGAAGAUACCGACAUGGCGGCUUACAACGUACAGCGACAAGGACGAGCCGACGCUAUCUGCAGCAACUGGACACGCCUACGCGAUGUAAGCGCUUCCAUCUGCGGUCUCACCAACCUUGCCAUCUCGUACCAGCAACACUCCGCGCGACCAGACACUACGAGAUCGCGUCCCAGGCCUUCGAUGUCGGUGUCUUCGCCUUUGCUGUCAUCGCCAUCCAACGCUGCACGAUUCGGACCGAUGCAGACGUCGACUCCGCCGCCUCCUGCCUUGGUGAUGCGGGAACAAGGUUCGUCACCGAGACCGGCUCCCCCUUUGACAACACAGGAAGCAAAGCCGCGAUUGCCUGCUUUCUGGCGCAGAUCGUCGACAAAAACGUCUGACAAGACCCAGACCGACUCGACCGGAGUCUCGAGCACCUCGUCCGAGUCGUCGGGCGGAUCGUCGAGCUCGCUCUUGACGCGCUUUGUCAAGGCGUUCCGUCAUCCUGCUCCCUGA